AAGACGAUUGUCAAAUACAACAAGAAAAUGAGAUAACGGCAAUCAAGGCAAUUUACGAACAAGAUUUCACAUAUACAGAAAACACGAAAGCCCCUCGAUUUAGAGGAGCUCUUUCGAUUAAAAUUUCCCUUUCUCAAGAAAAUUUGAUAUUUUUUACUGGAGAAAGAAAUGGCGGCGGCGAACCUCCGCUUAAAGUUCGGUAUCUCCCUCCAGUCAAAAUCAUAUUUUCAAUGCCAAGUGAUUAUCCAAGUAAAGAAGCGUUGGAAUUCGAACUUGAAUGUCUUUGGAUGCGUUGGGAUUGGUUAAGAAAAUUAGAAAGAAAAUUGUUACAAAUUUGGGAGGAAAAAAAGGAUGUGGUCUUAGAUCAUUUUGCAGAAUUCAUACAACAUGAAGCUUUGGAUUAUUUACAAAUAUCAUUCCCUUUGAGACUUAACGACGAUUAUAUCGGUGGGUCCAUGCUAAAAACGAUUAUACAUACAUAUAAUCAACAAGCCAUGAAUCUGGAUUUUGCCAAUGAUCAUUUUAAUUGUGGUAUUUGUCUUGAGGAAAAACGUGGUGAACGAUGUUUUCAACUUCGUACAUGCCAACAUGUGUUUUGUCAGGAAUGUCUUCGUGAAUAUUUUGUAAUGCUUAUUCGUGAAGGGUUCAUUUUACAAAUAAAAUGUCCUGACCCUGGUUGUAAAUCGCAACAUAAAUUGGCUGAUGAUGAAGUGACAGAAAUAGUUGGGGCUGAAAUGGGAAAAAGAUAUUCAGAUCUAUUAGAAAAGCAGAAACUAGAGACUGAUCCUUUAGUGACCUUUUGCCCCCGUAUAAUUUGUCAAGCACCCGUCAAGAAAGAUUCCAAUUUUGAAAAGCUUUGCAUAUCUAGUACUCCUUGUUAUAUGGACAAUACUAAAAAGAUAGUCGAAGAAUAUAUGAAAGCAGAUGAGUCCACUAAAGCGAUAAUGGAACUUCGUUAUGGCACCAAAAACUUAGAGAAGUUGGUUCGUGAUGCUAUUGCUGAAUUAGAAACGAGUAAAUGGGUGAAAUCUAAUACUCAACUAUGCCCUCAAUGUGAGACACCCAUUGAAAAGUCAAUGGGGUGUAAUCAUAUGCUAUGCACACGUUGCGAAACGCAUUUUUGUUACUUAUGUGGACUUUGGAUAGAUCCUAAAGAGCCUUAUCACCAUUUCAAUGAUUCUAAAUCUCCAUGCAAUCAACGAUUGUUUGAUGGAGUGAAUGUAGACGAUUUUGAUAUACCAGAUGAUUUUUAUUAUAUUAUUCAAUCAAUAACUACUUCACCACCAACCCAAGCAGCGAACACUGAAGAUCCGAUAAAAUACAUGAUAGCUGCAAGCGUCUCCAUAAUGUUCCAUUGGUUUACCGAAAUAUCUAAAAUCCAUCUGGUCAAUGCUACGCCAAAUAUAGCUGGAAUAUUGCCCAUUUUUAUUCGUAAAAUUAGAAUUAAAAACAACUUUGGAUCUGAUAAUGAAACGAAUAUGUUUACCGGAAAAACAGAUACUCCAAAAAUG